AUGGCCGAAGAAAUCGUCGCCUCUCCCACUGCCCUCGCCAACGGCGAGAACGAAGGCAACGAUAAAGAGUUCGCUGACGCUGUCGCCGUUGAGAAGGAAGAGACCUCCGAUAAGGACGCCGCGGCGGCGUCUGGAGACCGCGAUGCCGCCGUUGAACUCCUCAUCGAGGAGAUCCGUGAUCUCAAGAAGGCGCGGGUUGAUCUCCAGCGCGAGCGUUCAAGUCUCCAUUUCGAGCUGUCUGAUGCCAGAGCGAAGCUAGCCGGUACGGAGUCAGAGCUCAAGGCGGUCGCUGGCCAGGCCAGCCGCCUCGAGGGAGAACUCCGCAUCGUGCAGGAUGACUUAUCCACUGCCAACAUGUCCGCAUCGGACCACGAAGAAGAAAUCCGGCGCCUUCAGGAUGUCAUCAAGGACCUCGAAGCCAAGUUCAAGAUCAAGGCCAAUGAACACGAGACUAAAGUGAAAGAUCUAACCGAGGAAUUGAGAGUGUCCGUGAAAAAAGCGCAAGAUAAAGACAACGCCUUACGAGCGAAAGAAUUUGAGUUGGAGGAACUGCGGUCCCAAAUAGUGGAUGAAAAGGAAAAAAGCCUCCAGAAUAGAGACAUGCAAGGUGGUGUCAGUGCGUCUCUAACGCAAUCACGAGCACUUGGCACGGCAUCAGCAGUUGGUGUUGUGGCUGUGGCGCUUGGGACUUUGGUCUGUCUUUACCUCGCCAAGCGGAAGUAG